GGUUUCCCACAGUGCCCGGGGCGGGUGUCAUGGCGAAGGAUGACAUCGGAGUUUGACGAAGAAGUGGUGUUUGAGAAUUCUCCACUUUACCAGUAUUUGCAGGAUUUGGGCCAUACAGAUUUUGAAAUAUGUUCAGCUGUGUCGCAGAAGACAGAACAAUGCACAGCAGAGGAGGGGCAACAAGAUACCCGUUCCACCCAGAAACAAGGCAUCCUGUCAAAACUAGCUGAGCUCUUUAAAAGCUCAUUUCCUUUUUCACCAUGUAAGAAAAAAGAUGAUCUACUCUACAGAUUGGAUGUUGGGUUUCGACUGGACUCUCUCUAUACCAUCCUGCAACAGGAAGUUCUGCUACAUGAGGAUGUGGAACUGAUUGAGCUACUCGACCCCAGUAUCCUGUCUGCAGGGCAGUCCAAGCAACAAAAAAAUGGACACCUUCCAACGCUACGCUCCCUAGCAACUCCUAAUAUUUGGGAUGUGUCUCUGCUGCUUGCCUUUGUCAGUGGAUUGAUUAUACUUCCUUCAUGGUGGAAUGGAUCAUUCUGGCUGGUGUGGGGACUAGUUCUAUUUGUCUAUGUGAUCAUACGAGCUCUAGGCACAUGGAGGAUAGCCAAGCUGCAAAUGUCCCUGAGAAAAUACAGACUCCAGCUGGAAGAGACAGUGGCAAAUAGCCGCGCUUUUACUAAUCUUGUGAGAAAAGCUCUGCGACUCAUUCAAGAGACUGAAGUCAUUUCCAGAGGAUUUACCCUGGUCAGUGCCGCUUGCCCAUUUAAUAAAUCUGGACAGCAUCCUAGUCAGCAUCUCAUCGGUCUUCGGAAAGCUGUUUACCGAUCUGUCAGAGCCAACUUUCGAGCUUCAAGACUAGCUACUCUGUACAUGCUGAAAAACUACCCUCUUAAUGCGGAGAGUGACAACGUGACCAACUACAUCUGCGUAGUUCCUUUUAAGGAACUGGGUCUGGGUCUGAGUGAAGAGCAGGUGUCGGAAGAGGAGGCACACAACCUCACAGAUGGCUUCAGCCUGCCUGCACUCAAGGUUCUGUUUCAGCUGUGGGUAGGACAGAGUUCAGAGUUCUUCAGACGAUUAGCACUGCUGCUCUCUCCAGUUAAUGCAUCCCCCAAGCCCUUGAUCACUCCAGAACGUUUGCCUCAUUGUAUUUUGUCUGAUGUGACUCAAAGUCUACCUCACACUCAUGCUGCCUGCUUAGAAGAGCUUAAGCGAAGCUAUGAGUUUUAUCGGUACUUUGAAACUCAGCAUCAGUUAGGCUUGGAACGUGCAACCAAAACAAAACCGAAGUCAAGAGCUCUGAACAGCCUUCACACAGCAGUGCGCAGCUUGCAGCUCCAUCUCAAGGCCCUACUGAAUGAGGUAAUAAUUCUUGAGGAUGAACUUGAAAAACUAGUUAGCUCUAAGGAGACACAAGAACUAACUUUAGAAGCCUAUCAAGUCCUAGAGCAGAAACUAAAGCUGAUUCAGCCUCACAUCCAGGCAAGCAACAGCUGCUGGGAAGAGGCCAUUUCUCAGGUGGAAAAAAUGGUUAGAAGAAACCCGGAUAAAAAAGGCAAACCUGAAUCAUCUUGUGAUAAUACACUCUGCCCCAUGAUACCAUUACUACAGCCUGCCCUGCAUAUAGAGGACAAAGACCCAAUCCCCGAAGAGCAGGAAUUGGAAGCAUAUGUUGAAGAUACAGAUACAGACAAUGAGUACAAAAGGGAGGACUUUUAUUGCUUUUCCCAGGAAGAGAGAGAGAGACAAAAACGUGAGAGAGAGGAAUCCAAGAGAGUGUUACAAGAACUGAAAUCUGUGCUGGGAUUUAGAGCUUCAGAGGUAGAGAGACAGAAAUGGAAGCAGCUGUUAUUUAGUGAUCAUGCUGCAGUGAAGCCCUUGUCUCCUGUAGAAGCAGUGGAACCCAUACAUAACUUGGAAUCCCCUCUGAAUUCAGAAGCAGGAAAGCAGGACCGUAACCAAACUAGUGAUGAUUCUGAAGAGAGAGACUCUAGCCCAAAAGCCCAUGUCACUGUGAGUGAGAAAAGCAGUACUGAAUAUUUAUAUGAUGAUCCUACAAAGGAUGAAAACAAAGACAUUGCUGCUGAUGCAGGUGGAUCUCCAAUGGCUGUAAAAAGAACAUGUUACCAAUGUGAGGGUGAAGGAGAUGAAGUGGAGCCAACUGGUGUGGAUGGAAUGGAGGUUUUACAGCCCCCUUUGAGGGAUGCAUUACAGUCCUCCAUCAAGCAAAGGCUGGCUCAGCUCCAUAUAUCAACAGAUUUCAACUUCACAUCAGGUCUGGCUGCACAGGUUGCCGCCAGAUCACUUACUUUUACUACCAUGCAAGAACAGACUUUUGGAGAUGACGAGGAGGAGGAGAAGGAGAAGACAGAGGAGGAUGAAAACCAUGUGGAAGAGAACAAGAAUGAAGACAGGCUUUAAAAAUGAAGGAGGAUUCUAAGUCCUACCUGACCUUUGUUAAACAUUGCGUUGCCUACUUGAAUUCCAUAAAAGGCAAGUGAUGUGAUUGAAAUAGCUCAGGCACGGAUUCAGAGAUGAAAAUGCUGGAUGGAAAAAUUGAGACCUAAAUGUAAUGCUUACUGUUCCCUAUGUAUGAAGCUCUCAAUAGGGCUUUCCCAGUAUAUUG